AUGCCUGAGACCAGUGGGGCUCCACCACUGGACAUUGCCCUUACCACCCACUUGAGUUUGAGGUAUGAGAACAAAGGCAGAUCAGCAGCAUCUGUGUCAGCUGCGGACUUGUCCAGUGGCGAGCGCGAGAUUACGGGGACUUUUGGGCUGGAGGUGGACUGGAUCAAAGGGGCUACAGGCGGCCAGGACACCGACUUCAUCCUGGUGUCCUGCGCGGGCGCCGAGCGCCCCGGCGUCGACCACCCCCUCCAGCAGACCAUCCUCGGCGCCAAGCGCGCUGGCGAGGCCGCCCUCCGCAACAGCGGCCUGGGCUACACCAUCGUGCGCCCCACGCCCAUCAGCGACGAGCCCGGCGGCUACAAGGCCCUGGUCUUCGACCAGGGCGACCGGCUGACGCAGGGCAUCAGCGCGGCGGACGUCGCCGACGUGUGCGUGAGGGCCCUGCACCAGCCCCUGGCCAGGAACAGGACCUUCGAACUGGCGCACGAGUAUACGCCGGAGGACGGGCUGCAGAUGUACGAGCUGGUGGCCCACGCACCCGACGUGUCCACAAACUACCUGGGCUCGGCGCUGGUGAAUCUGGAGAAGAACACGUGA